GCCUGAGAACCUGAUCCUGCCUGCUGAGUCAGGGCCUGGGUACUGUAAAGACAGGGGCAAGCCUGGGCCCAGCUUCCCGUCUUUCCCCAGGGUUCUGUUGACUUGACACCACUAGAGCCUUCAUCCAUCCAUUCACAAUGUUUCUGGGCACCUUCUGUGCAUCAAGACCUGUGUAUGGUCUUCGGAGAGGCCCAUCCAGGUGUCUGCACUCCCUGACUCAUGUCAGCAACGAGCCCAGAAAUGAUGCCACUGCCCACUUCAGCUUCUGCCGGACCCUCCUGGAGCACACAGUGUCAGCCGAGAGCAUCCCCUGCCAUCUCCCUAGGACACCAAGCACCAGCCUCACUUGGCAUGACUCCCGCAGCCAGAGGGCAGUGGGUGGCCGGCCGGUCAAGCUCCUGCAGCAGCCUGGCACGGAGGGCCCCCAGGGCCGGCUGUACUCUGACCACUAUGGCCUGUACCACACGAGUCCCUCACUGGGCGGCCUGACGAGGCCUGUCGUCCUGUGGAGUCAGCAGGACGUCUGCAAGUGGCUCAAGAAGCACUGUCCCCACAACUACCUCGUCUACGUGGAGGCCUUCUCCCAGCACGCCAUCACUGGCCGGGCGCUGCUGCGGCUGAAUGCGGAGAAGCUGCAGCGGAUGGGGCUGGCGCAGGAGGCGCAGCGGCAGGAGGUGCUACAGCAGGUGCUGCGCCUGCAGGUGCGCGAGGAGGGGCGGAGCCUGCAGCUGCUCAGCCAAGCUUCCUUUGGAAACGUGUCCUAGCUGCUGCCUGAGGCUUGAACCCCAGACCCCAGCACUGUGACCGGAGCCCGGGGCAAGGAUGAGGCAGAGCUGGCUGAGCAGCCCCUCUUGGACCCUACAAGAGGCCCCAGGGGCUGAGCCUGGCCCAAUGGACAGGUGGGACUAGGAUUGCCACCUCCAGCCACCUCUGGUUGUGCACUCUGGGCUGUGCCUGGGAUUGGGCGGCCGGGGGCUGCUUGAGUGUGGCCCCUCCUGCCAAGCCCACCCCCCGGUGCUGCUGGCAGCAUUUGGGGCAGCCACCUGUAGCCAGAGCGGGGUUUGGAUGUCCCCCUAGACUCCCAGGGAGUCUGUCUAUUUAUAUUCCCUUCACCUGCAUUGAUGUCCGUCCCCCAGUGCCAGCUGAGUCACGCGUCCUCUAGGCAUCCUGCCCUCUCCCAGGGCGAGAGGUCUGUCUGUCCGCCCACUCAUCUAGUUCUUUGCCCUCCCUCUGCACCUAGAGGAC